AUGAUUUUUCUGGUGACUCGCUGCAAACAUUUAAGAAGGUUGUGGUUAGAUGAGAAUCCUCUGAAUGGCUUACUCCCAAAGUCUAUUGGAAAUCUUUCCAGCUCACUCGAAUCCAUUUCUGCCACUCGUUGUGGAAUCAUAAGUGAAAUUCCAAGUUCGAUUGGUAAUUUGAGCAACUUAAUAGUGCUGAGCUUUGCAUUCAAUAGUUUGACAGGAGUAAUUCCAACUACAAUCAAAUGGUUGUUGAAGCUUCAGAUGAUAGAUCUAAAUGACAAUCAGAUACAAGGAGCAAGCUUUUGGAUCCUAAGAGAUAUUUUGGAGCUGGACAUGUCAGCAAAUUAUUUGACUGGCACUUUGCCCACUGAAAUUGGAAGCUUCAAGGCAUUAAUCACAUUGAACUUUUCAAAUAAUCAAUACUUGGGUGAGAUACCUAGCACCAUUGGGGCACUACAGGGUUUUCAAGAACUCUCCUUGGAGCACAAGAAGUUACAAGGAUCGAUACCAAAUUCCAUGAAGAAUAUGCUGCAGUUACGGCAUUUGGAUCUAUCUUUUAACAAUCUGGAAGGUGAAAUUCCCAGCUCACUACAGAUUAAGAGGACCAAUUCCUCAUGGAGGGCCAUUCACAAAUUUCACGAACCUAUGCUUCUCUCAAAUGAAGCAUUGUGUGGCGCUCCUUGGCUCCAACCUUGUACAAGUACAUUUCAACAUGAGUCAAGGACAAAAAGGAUAGUCAUGAUUGUUCUGUUGGCAUCAGGUUCUGUCAUAUUAGCCAUGGUGAUUUCAAUUUUUUUGAUGCGGUUAAAGUUAAGAAAGAAAAAUCUAGCUCCGACUCAGAACUUGCUUCCCAUGGCGACAUUUGAAAGGGCAUCCUUCCAUGAACUUAGACAAAUAACAAAUGGAUUCAGCGAGAGUAACUUACUUGGCUCGGGGAGCUUUGGUUCAGUUUACAAAGGAAUUCGUGAAAAUGGGAUGGUUUGGGCCAUAAAAGUAUUCGAUUAG